AUGAUGCUUAAUACAGUUCGCCGAUUUGGCGUUUCCCAUGCGCUGCGCGCCACAACGCCUCGCUCAAUCUCAGCGCGGUUGGCUACUCAGCUGCCCAAAUGGCAGGCUCCUCUUACUCUUUCAUCUAUUGCUGCCCCCAGAUCGCUCCAUUCCUCUUUCCCGAGGAUGUCUGCGGCUACUGCGGAGGCGGUUGUUGAAGAGACCGAGACUUCCAAGCCUGCGCUUAUCACAGAGUUCGCUGACCUGGCGUCGGGGAAUCUCAUUCACAACUCGAUUAUUAAAAACAUCAUUCAAGCUGAUCGGAUGAACCUCAAGACUAUGACUGAGGUGCAGUCCCUUACUCUACAUGAGAUUGUCAAGGGCGAUGAUAUCCUCGCCCAAGCCAAGACAGGAACCGGCAAGACGCUUGCUUUCCUUGUACCUACUCUUCAGAAUAUCUUGAACGACCCCAGCGUCGAUUUGUCCAGAGUCGGCCGCCGCUCUGCCAGAACUGGUCCUUCCGAAAUUCGUGCUCUUAUCAUCUCCCCUACCCGCGAACUUGCAGAACAGAUCGCAGUUGAGGCUAGAAAGGCUGCCUUUGGCACUGGCCUUGUCGUUCAGACCGCUGUUGGUGGCACACAGAAGCGUGCUGGUCUUGCCAAGAUCCAACAGGAGGGCUGCCAUCUCCUCAUCGGCACCCCGGGACGUCUCAAGGACAUUUUCUCCGACCCUUGGACUGGAGUUUCUGCCCCCAAGCUGAACACUUUGAUCCUCGAUGAGGCAGAUCGCCUUUUGGACCAGGGUUUCGCUCCCGAUAUUGAAGAGAUCCAGACCUUGCUUCCCAGCCCCACAAAGGUGGACCGCCAGACGCUCAUGUUCUCGGCCACCGUCCCCAGAGAAGUUAUGCAGAUGGUUCGUCAGACCUUGAAGCCAAACUUCAAGCACGUCAAUACUGUUCGUGAAGAUGAAGUUCCCACCCACGUCAGAGUGCCCCAGAAGCUUGUCUACACGCGCGGUCUCGAAAACAGCCUGCCCGCCCUUCUCGAGCUCGCUCAGAACUGGCAAGCGCGCCGGGAUAACGGCGAGCAGCUGCGACCUUUCAAGGCGAUCGCCUACUUCAACUCCACUGCGGAGACCAAAAUUGCCGCUGAUGCUUUCAACGCCAUUGCUCGCUCUUUCGAGUUCCGCAAGUCUUCUAUGGCUAACAUGAGAAUGCUCGAGAUCAACUCCCGUCUUACUCAGGCACUUCGAACUCGCAGCGCGGAUAACUUCCGCAAGGCUCGCGAGGGUAUCUUGUUCUCUUCUGACGUGACUGCUCGUGGUAUGGAUUUCCCGGAUGUCACCCACGUCGUUCAAGUUGGUGUUCCUCGUGAUCGUGAGACCUACAUUCACCGCCUCGGCCGCACAGCCCGUGCUGGCAAGGAAGGUGAGGGCUGGCUGUUCAUGCACAGGGCCGAACAGGAUGUCUACAGAAAGCGCCUGGGUCGUCUCCCAUUGAAGUUGGACACAGAAUUGCAAACCGCCGACGCAGAUCUUGCCCAGACCUUCUCCAACGACACACAAGUUGGCGAGAUCAUCAACAAGAUCACUGAGGGUCUGGCCCAAUGUGAUGAUGCCACCAAGGUCAAGUCCUACAUGGGUCAACUUGGCACAACCACUGGAAACUUCAAUAGCAAGAGAGAAGCCAUUCAGGCACUCAACCAGAUGUUCACCAUUGGUUACAAGAUGCAGACCCUCCCCGAGCUCAGCCCUAGAUUGACCCAGCAAAUGGGUCUCAACCGAGCUGAUGGUGUCAGCAUGGGUAACGGCUCCCGCCAGCGUCGCGAGGGUGGCUUCUCCCGUGGUGGUGAUCGUGGUGGCUUCUCCCGCGGUGGUGAUCGUGGUGGCUUCUCCCGUGGUGGUGAUCGUGGUGGCUUCUCCCGCGGUGGUGACCGUGGCGGCUUCUCUCGCGGCGACCGUGGCGAGCGUAGUUUCGGCCGUGGUGACCGCGGCUCAUCUCGUCCUCGCCGCUCGUUCGAUGAUUCUUUCGGUGACGACUCUUUCCGUUUCUAA